AGAACAUUCAUGUUCAGUCCCGAAAAUGUCCCCUUGGACCUCCUUUCGCCCAUCCUUGAAAACCUAGAGCGCAAGGAUCUCAAUAUCGCUGCCCUCGUCAACUGGACCUUCAAUCGCGCGUCCACCCCGCUGCUCUACCGGAAACUAGAUUCGCGCAUCAUAAACAAUGUGCUUUUCCAUCCUGCUACGACACUCCUCAAGAGGCCGGAGCUCGCGCAAUAUGUCAGGAACAUCACUGAGACAGGGUCAGUCCAGAAGAUGGAGGCGUACUACCCCACCAUCCGGCGCGACACCCUCGCCGCGCUGCGCCUGUGCACGAACUUGUACAGGCUGACGUGGGUAGACGACACGGAGACGCCCGACGAGAACUUCUACCCGUUCAUCGACGUCAUCCGUGCGCUGCCCGUGCGCUCGCUCGCUGUGCGCACGCAGUACGAUAUGGGCCCGGAGGUGUGGAGGGAGCUAGAGAACGUGGAUGGUAUAGAGGUCUUGUCAGUUUGGACGCUAGAGGGACCGCCGAGGGCGCUGCAGGGAUGGGCGGACACGCUGGGGAAGACAUUGACACACUUGGAGCUUGGGCGUUGUGCAGGUGUUCCGCCCACCAUACUUAUAUCCGUCUUUAUGAAGAUGCCUAUGCUACAAGACCUACGGCUCAAGGGCGCCCCGAGCGCUGCGAUCCCCGCCAUUGUCGCGUGCCUGCCCAGCCUCGUCGCUCUUGAUACGGAGUACCUAUCACCAGGCAUAUACCGUUCCCCGCUCACUCCGCUACCACGACUAAAACGUCUCACGGUGCGCACGGGCUCGCUCGACGUGCUCGGCCCGCAGAGCCUCUGGCCAUGGACGAAUGCGCUCAUCCCACACCAAGGAACGCUCGAAACGUUCACGCUGAGUUCAUUCGCAGUGCAUGGACAGAUGCCAGUGAACCCUGCAUUUAUGAAUAGGCUGAUCGAGAAGCACGGAAGCUCGCUGAGGGACUUCAACGUCGGGAUGACGCAGCUGACGCUGGACAUGGUGCACAGCCUUUGUCUCAAAUGCCGUGAGCUGCGUGCGCUGGUGUGCUCUGUCGCGAGUCCAGACGUGGAGUCCAUCGAGCGCGCCACGGUGAAUGCGCCGCGUCUACAAGAACUUCGCUUGCACGUCCAGUGGAUGCCCGACGGAAAUAAAGCAGACUCGCAUACCGACUAUCACAACAACUGGCCGGUGCCUCUCCCACGACCACACUUCGGUCUAGGUCAUUUUACCGAGAAUCAAGCCCGCAACUUCAUGCUGCGGCCUGACUCGCAGCUCCGCGCUGUCGGAAUGGGCGACAACGUGUACACCGGCCGUUGGGUGCUGCGAGACGAAGGCCAGCACCUGGGCACGCAUGUGGACCGCUUCGGUGGUGGCUCGGGGCAGGUGUUCGAGGUAACGAGAAACCUGUCGAUGUCGGUACUAUAGGCUUUUCAUUUUUAUUCACAUCGCUAUUUGAAUUCAGCUCGCAGUAUGUGUAUCAUACCCAUCUCCGUUUCUUACUUUUCUUUCACGUCUUAGACAUGUCAAAACACGAACACGGACAAUACUCUGCAUUCAUUCAUUCAUACUCCUAUCCAAGAG